CACUCAUUUCGCUCAUUAAAGAAACAACCAACUUCAGUGUCAUUAAUUAAAAAUAUUGACCGCAAUACAUAACCUAAUGACAAAUAUAAAAUAAACCAGAUUAACAAAAGCGAAAAAAAGUUCGUAACUAAUUACUCCGACCAAUGUCACUAACUAUAGCCUUACUCUCGAAAUACAAACAUAAAUAAACGCGUUACUAAUGUACUAACAAGCGUACAACUGUUAAGGACAGUUGUCGCACUCCCACUUACUGAACAUAGCUCGAACGCUAACCAUUGUAUCGCGAGUGGUUGCACUGUACACACGGAUGAGAUCGCGAGUGUAGUGAAGUGUGAAAAAUGUCAAACACAGUCUGGACUCCGCCUAACAUAGGCCAAAUCUGCCCUGAGCAGCAGGCCCCGUUGACACAAUGCUCGACCACAGGAUUCGUGUUUCUCUCCUUACUGACUCAACUCUACGGCCAAUCAAAGGAUCAACCUAAGAACGAUUUUCCAUCAUGGGAAUUACCAGCUUUUCGGGAUACGAAGCCUAUAUCACCAGGAUUUGAAGAAGUUGUCAGCCAGUACCCAGAGCCUAGUCCAGAGCUACCACCGUUAAGUUCGUCAAUACAGGAUACGUUUUUCACGAAUAAGUUUCAUAAUACGUUCCAUAAUAAGUCGCCUUUGAGGAAUUGGGAGAAAGUCACAAGGGUUCGUAGUCGUGGUCCGGGCGGUAGUCGAGGAUUAACGGUGACGUCAUAUUUCCCUAUAUUUGAUUUCGAAAAAUUCAUUAAAAAAACGGAAAGCGAGGAAGAAGAGGAAUUUAACCGUAACCGUGCACGAUUCGCUUUGGAUAAUAAUAAUAAUGAGAAGCUAAAGGAAGACUUGGAUCUUGGAUCGUUUGAUAGUCCUCUUUCAAAGUAUCGCAGGGAUAGUGACUUUGAUUUUAUGAAGGAGAUCUUCACUGAUUCUGAGCCUGAGACAUCGAAGAGUGAGAAGGUUGAAAUAAGGAAGAUGAAGAAGAUUGGCUCAAACAGACGACGAAAGAGGCAGACUUCGGAAGAGUUUGGCUCAAACAGACGACGAAAGAGGCAGACUUCGGAAGAGUUUGACUUCAUAGUGGUUGGGGCUGGGUCUGCUGGUUGUGUGAUUGCAAAUCGUCUCUCUGAAGUGAAACAAUGGAAGGUGCUGUUAAUAGAAGCUGGUCCAGAAGAACCUGACAUUACCAGCGUCCCAUCAUUCGCACCAGUUCUGGGUAGAUCUAGCAUUGACUGGAAUUACAGGACACAGCCAGAAGAAAUGACUUGCAGAGCUCAGAGGGGACAGACUUGCGCUUGGUUGAGAGGGAAAACUAUGGGAGGAUCGAGUGCCAUAAACUACAUGAUAUAUAUGAGAGGGAACAGGAGGGAUUACGACAGUUGGGCAGAACUUGGCAACCAUGGAUGGAGUUAUAGAGAGGUUCUCCCAUACUUCAAGAAAGCAGAAAACAACCAAGACGUGGAAGCUCACGACACCUACCAUCACGGUAUUGGCGGACCAAUCAACGUCGAGCGUCUAAACCACCUCGACGUCAACGUCAUGAUGCUAGUCCAAGCCUAAGAAAAAGGACUACCAAUCACUGACUUCAAUGGAGAAAACCAAAUGGGAACAGACAUAGCCCAAACAACAACUAAACAAGGGCAACGAAAUUCAGCCAACAGAGCCUAUAUAACUCCCAUCAGAUACAAAAGACCAAAUCUUCGUGUUAUUAGCAGCGCUUAUACCACUAAGGUCCUCAUCGAUCCUAUUACAAAGACUGCUUAUGGAAUCGAAUAUGUUAAAAAUGGAGAAAUAUUUAGAGCGUUCGCUGAUAAAGAAGUUAUAGUAAGCGCUGGAGCGAUCAAUUCUCCAAAAUUGUUGAUGUUGUCUGGUAUUGGACCGAAAUAUCACUUGCAAAGUUUAAACAUUCCCGUGUUGGCUGAUUUAAGUGUUGGUGCUAAUCUCCAAGACCAUAUUACUACCGACGCUCUUACUCUAGCUUUGUCAAACAAAACUGCAACAGCUGUUGAUGAACAUCAACUAAUGGAUGAAGUACAUGAGUUUUAUGGCCAACACUUGCCUAAACAAGGACCAUUGUCAGCUACCGGUACUCUCACAGGUACAGCAUUCAUAAGCACACAUUACCACGAAGACGUACCAAACAUACAAUUCCAUUUCGACGGUAGAAAUGUUAGAGAAUUUUACUCGGACCCCACAACCUAUUUGUCUACAAACAUAUUUCCUUUAGCAUUCUACGAUGGACUAUCAGCCAGACCUUUAUUAUUGACUCCUAAAAGUAGAGGUUAUAUACUUUUGAAUAAUACUGAUCCAAUAUACGGUCAACCUUUGAUUUACUCAAGGUUCUUUACUGAGAGAGAAGAUCUGGAAGAUCUAAUAGAAGGAAUCAAAUUCGCUGUGAGUUUAGAAGAGACAGAUGCCUUCAGAGCAAGUGGUGCUAGGUAUGUGAGAAUACCAGUUCAAGCUUGUUCGCAGUACAUUUGGGGUACAGAUGAAUAUUACACUUGUAUCCUAAUCCAAUACACAUCUACCAUUUACCAUCCAGUAGGGACAUGUAAAAUGGGUCCAGAAUGGGACAAAGAAGCAGUUGUGGAUCCAAGAUUGAAAGUAUAUGGGAUUCAUAAGCUUAGAGUAGUUGAUGCGUCUAUCAUGCCUUUGAUUGUAAGAGGUAAUACUAAUGCUCCCACGAUAAUGAUUGCUGAAAAGGCUUCUGAUAUGAUCAAGGAAGAUUGGUUAUAAUUAGAACUUUAAUUUAAAUGUAAUAAGAUUUAAUUUUCGUUUGUACAUGUCUUCCAGAUAUAACAUUGCAGAGCUCUGUGUGGUGAAAAUAUUGUUUUAUGGAACAAACUAAGAGGCAGAGUGGUUGUGCUAGUAGCAGAUCUGGAAGAUUAUAGUAGUUUAGUAGGUAUUUAAGUGCUUGUAUGCUUGUCUGGGUAAAGUUAAAUGAAAGUGAAUUUGAAUUUUAUGUUAAUAGAUUUAGAGACUAAAGUAAUAAUCACUGCUGAAUGAUCUUGUACAGUGAUGUGUUGUUACAAGAUUUGUGCUAUUUAUUUUUAAGUUGUUAAGCUCGAGUUUUUAUAUAUUUGUUUUUAAAAUGCUGGAUUUUAUAAAUAAAAAAAGUAUAUAACGA